AUCAAGCCUAUGAUGUUUCCCCCCCAUGCGCAGGCAGCGGUCAGGGGAGGUGAGGCCCUGUCAUUUACCAACUACGCUGGCCUCGCUGCUCUUCCAAUCAUAUCGUAGGUUACAACAUAUACAGGCGUUAUAUUCAUUUCUACCGAAAGUUUAUAGCAAACUAAAUGGUCAUGUAAAUUGGAUUGCGUCGGAGAGGAAACGAGUGGAAAAACCACGGUAACUUUGGAAAGGACUGGAGGGAAGGAUGGACAACUCAAAAGCGCAAAUGCCCAACUUACCCCAGGAGGCUGGGGGUGGUCUGGGUAACCCUGCCGGUGUCAGACUAGAGGCUGUGAUGGAGCAGCUCCAGAGACAACAGGAAGCCAAGCUGGAGAUGGACCGGCAGGCGAUACACCUCCGUCAGGCCCAGAGGACGUUCGCUAAACACGUAGCCGUCGCCCGGGUCACUGGAGACCCCCUGGACUCUACCUUCCUGGGCAAACGGGUGGAAGGAACCGGGACAGGAACGACUCCUCAGAUGGGUCAGCAGCAGACAGAGGCUGGUGGCAGUAACAGCAACACUCAGAGCUGUGCGGAUAGGGGGGGCGAUAACAGAGAAGAGGGACUGGGAGGUGAGGAGGAGGAGGAUGAAAAAGAAAGGAUGGAAUGUGAAGAAGAGGUUGAUGAUGUUGGAAUGGCGCAUGGCCACAUGACAAAGAUGUCUCCCCUUCAGCAGGAGCGUUCCUUAUCAUCUUUUCGUCGGUUUUCAACUUCUCCAUCAGCGGCUGCCAAACACAGAGACGCUUCCCCUCCAAUGAAUCUAAAGCGAAGGUCUGGGGAGAAGGACCAGUCUACCACGGAACAGCACCCCUUCACAUCACCCAAUGGAUUUGGAGAUUGGAGGUUUGAUGAUGGAACAUUUAAGCAAAAAGGCAGUGUGGGCUGGGCGGAGGAGAACGAAGGAGGCAAAACAAGAGGAGAGCCGUCCCGAGACUUUGCAAAGCUGUAUGAACUGGACAGUGACCCAAAUCGGAAGGAGUUCCUUGAUGAACUGCACCCCGGUCAACCGCAUCCCCAUCAUGGCUAAGCAGAUUCUGGACCUGUACAUGCUCUACAAGCUGGUGACGGAGAAUGGCGGCCUGGUGGAGGUCAUUAACAAGAAGAUCUGGAGAGAGAUCACGAGAGGACUCAACCUGCCCACCUCCAUCACCUCAGCAGCCUUCACCCUCCGCACACAGUAUAUGAAGUACCUGUACCCGUACGAGUGUGAGAAGAAGGGGCUGAGYUCUCCAGGCAAGCUCCAGGCUGCUAUAGACGGUAACCGGAGGGAAGGCCGAAGACCCAGCUACAAUAACAGCCUGUACCACUUCUCCCCCUCCACCGCCGCUGYCCACCCACACCACUCCCUCCUCUCUCCCUCCAAGAUGCCCCACCACUCCUCAGCCGGUCACAACGGCCURCACACCUCCCCCAGCCCAUCUCUGAAGAGAUCUGCAGAGGAGAUGUCGACCCCCAUGCCACCAAGCCAUCUACCCAUGACCAACGCUCUCUCCCUGGGGCAGCAGCAUCUUGCUCAGGCCGCUACCCUGGAGCACCUCCGAGAGAAACUGGAGAGAGGAGGAGGAGGAGGAGGAGGAGGAGGAGAGGGCCCAGACAGGAAGAUGGCUCGCUUGGUCAUGGAGGAACAGCAGAGACUGAUGCAACGGGCGUUCCAACAUAACCUGUUGGCUAUGGCCUCUCACUUCCACCCCGGCAUGAAGCAACUCAACAACAACAACAACAGACACGAGAGUACUGCCAAGCAGGACCUGUCUCGUACUAUCUCCAGUAACGGGGUUGCCAGCAUCAGUGUGUCUGUGGAGGUCAACGGAACACUCUAUUCAGGAAUGCUGUUUGCCCAGAACACUCCUAGUGCAGCCUCYGUGACGCCUGAGACCAUGCCUCCUGCUGAACAGAGUGGUUGCGGUGUCCUCUCCUCCUCUCACAGCCCCUCCUCCUCUUCCUCCACAUCCUCCAAGGGACCCAACUGACCGCAGUGUUCCAACACUGGACGCCACCAGUCUCUCUCUCCAGUAUACUCAUGUUAUUCUAUUGUCCUGUGUUAAGGACAAAACUAGUGUUCAAUCAAAUGACCUCUUCUCUAGUCAAACUGGACUAAUCUGUGUUAUGGGAUGACAAAAUAGGGKUUGGAUUUGGAGAAAGUAACUCAUAAAAACAAAUGUACAUGUCAAGGUGUUGUCUCUAGUUAAAUAUCUACAACAACCGCUUCCUCCACGGUCCUUCAAUGAAUACACAUUUGUUUGCAUAGAAACAAUGCAUUCUGGGAAAAUCUAAUCUUACAGCCAGGUGAAGAAGCAACUUGAAUUSUUUUUUAUUUUGGUAUGUUUAAUUAGUAGAUGUUCUAUUUUUAUUUUUUUUUCUCAAUGUUUUUAUAUGAUGAUUAUCAUGUAUUUUCGUGUAAUACUCAUAAUUGCUGUAUUAUUUCUGUAUGUCAAUUCAUCGGCUUUGAACGCUACAGUGCUAAGUGAAGAACUGUUUCCCAUAGUGCCACAUAYGCAAACUGCUUGUGAACAGCCUAAUGAAUUUAAGUCAAGUAAAGAGGACUGAAGAUUGGAUUUUAGUUCUCUGAUCAGGUUUAAACAUUUUAGAAGAAAGCAAAAAUCAUGAUAGCAAAGGUUUGUAUAAAAGCAGGUUUAAAAAAAAAAAAAAAAAAGUUAAAUACUGUAUGGUGAUUGGCUAUACUCCCGAGCUGAUUUGUUGUCCCUACCUCAUUGGUGGUUUGAACAUUAUAGUAGCCACCAUCACUUCUGUUUACAAAAUGUGUUUUUAUAACCAUCAACCAGACAAUAUGGAUGCCAAUAAGGGCUCUCAUUCAUUUUAACUUUCCUGGGUGCCUGGUGGUUGGAGUCUACACCAUCCUAAAGAGUGAGCUCCCCCAACUUGUUCACACGCUGAGGUAAUCUAUACAUCUCUUACCUCAUUUUGAAGAGGAAGUUCAGUAUUUUACAAACUAACGUUUGGCCCUUGAGAAACUGUACUUUCAGGAUGAYGAACCAUCGACCGUUAGUUUGUAAAAUACUGAACUUGUCCU